CUGUCCAAUAAAAACAUUGUUGAUUUGAAAGAACAUAAAUCUUGAUGAAUUGUUUAAUAACAGAUUUUCCUCCCUGUCUCCUCAGACUGAGUGGCUGUAACCUCUCAGAGAGAAGCUGUGAAGCUCUGUCCUCAGUUCUCAGCUCCCAGUCCUCCAGUCUCAGAGAACUGGACCUGAGUAACAACAACCUGCAGGAUUCAGGAGUGAAGCUUCUCUCUGCUGGACUGAAGAGUCCAAACUGCAACCUGGAGACUCUCAGACUGAGUGUCUGUAACCUCUCAGAGAAAAGCUGUGGAGCUCUGUCCUCAGUUCUCAGCUCCCAGUCCUCCAGUCUCAGAGAACUGGACCUGAGUAACAACAACCUGCAGGAUUCAGGAGUGAAGCUUCUCUCUGCUGGACUGAAGAGUCCAAACUGCAACCUGGAGACUCUCAGGUAAAAUGUGACCAAUCCUGGUGAAACCAGAUUUCUGU